AAGUGGUAUUAUUACAUUUCACUACUACUUCAACAAAUACAAACAACCAAACCCGUUUAAUAUACUACCGUCCGCCUGCCUUUUUCGACCGUUCAAAAGCCAACCCUAGGAUUCCCACUAAUCAACCCACCCAACGAUUUGAUCUUACUCCGGUGAAGAGCGAGGGAUUCCGGCAUGACGUGCGGUGCUCGGAUUUUUCACUACUCCAAAAAGCUCCGUCAAACCCAUAACAUUUUACGAGAUCGUGCAAUAUCCAUACGCUGGAUUACGAGUGACGCAAGGCCGUUGAUUGAUAAAAUAGAUGAUAUUUCAGGGCCCAGCCCAAUUGGUAUUGGACAUGGAGACAGGAAUGGUUUUUCAACUUCAUCCAGCAGAGGUCGCUUUACACCUAGUCACCUUUCAGCAAACGGAGCCACGGUGAUAUCAGCCAUGGGAACGAACAAGUCAAAUGCUUUGUGGACAGCAAGGAAGGUUCAUGCACCAGUAGUAGGCUUGCUGUGCAACAGUCAACCACAAAACUCAAUCAGAAGUUUUUCUACGGAUUCAGGCGUUCCACCACAUCAAGAGAUCGGGAUGCCUUCUCUGUCACCUACAAUGACGGAAGGCAAUAUUGCAAGGUGGCUGAAGAAGGAGGGUGACAAAGUUUCUCCGGGAGAAGUACUUUGUGAAGUGGAAACUGACAAAGCAACUGUGGAAAUGGAGUGCAUGGAGGAGGGAUAUCUAGCAAAAAUUUUGCGUGGCGAUGGAUCAAGUGGGAUUAAAGUUGGUGAGAUAAUUGCCAUAACUGUUGAAGAAGAGGAGGAUGUGGCAAAAUUUAAGGACUACACUCCUUCAGCAUCAGAUGCUGCACCCGCACCCAAAGCGCCCUCUGCUCCAACUCAAACAAAGCCAGAAGUUGCAGAAGUGCCUGUUACUUCGCCAGAGCCAAAAGUUUCCACGCCUAGUGCACCAUCUUCAGCUGGAAAUCGCAUUUUUGCUAGUCCUCUUGCCAGAAAACUUGCUGAAGAUAACAAUGUAUCUCUCUCAAACAUCAAAGGAACUGGUCCUGAUGGGCGCAUUGUGAAGGCUGAUAUUGAAGAUUAUCUUGCUUCACGUGGUAAGGAAGUUCCGCAAGCUCCUAAGGCUGACACAACAAUCUCUGCUGCUUUGGAUUACACUGACAUCCCACAUACGCAAAUUAGAAAGGUGACAGCAUUGCGGUUGUUGCAAUCAAAACAAACCAUCCCGCACUAUUACCUUACUGUAGAUACAUGUGUUGACAAGCUUAUGGAAUUGCGCAGCCAGCUGAAUUCGUUGCAAGAAGCUUCAGGUGGGAAAAGGAUUUCCGUUAAUGAUCUUGUGAUUAAGGCUGCUGCCUUGGCUCUUAGAAAAGUUCCCCAGUGUAAUAGUUCAUGGACCAACGAUUAUAUUCGCCAGUAUCACAAUGUGAAUAUUAAUGUCGCUGUGCAAACUGAUAAUGGGUUGUAUGUGCCUGUGAUUAAGGAUGCUGACAAGAAAGGUUUAUCAAAAAUUUCUGAUGAAGUUAAGCAUUUGGCUCAGAAAGCAAAAGAAAACAGCUUGAAACCAGAAGAUUACGAGGGGGGCACAUUCACGGUUUCGAACUUAGGAGGGCCUUUUGGCAUCAAGCAAUUCUGUGCCAUCAUUAAUCCACCUCAGUCAGGCAUUCUAGCAGUUGGAUCUGCUGAAAAGAGAGUGAUACCUGGUGGUGGUCCGGACCAGUAUAAGUUUGCUUCCUUCAUGUCUGUGACAUUAAGCUGUGAUCAUCGGGUCAUUGAUGGUGCCAUUGGAGCAGAAUGGCUCAAGGCCUUUAAAGGUUACAUCGAGAAUCCAGAGUCCAUGUUGCUUUGAAGCUGUUUUUGACUUCCCUAUUUUCUCCAAAUUCUUCUACUCUGAUAACCCCAGUCACAUAAAGGAACAUAUAAUCCACAGAUGUUAAUUAUUUCCAGCGUGGGUUGUCUAACUGUGAUUUGCGGUCACCGGAGAAUAGAUUUUUGUUAAAUAACGAGUCCCAAGAGUAGAAUGCUGUGAACUAAAUUUUGCUCAUGUAGAGUGUGAAAACUUCUGAGCAUGAGAUAAUUUACUUGCCAAGGAUUUUAUCUGCCUCCUUGAACAGCUCUCUGGUGGAAAUAAAAUAUUCUAGCGCCAUUUUGUAUGGAAAUUGUAUUUUCUGCCGAUGUCAUUAUCAAAA